AUGCAGCCGGACGCGCAGAAUGCGACCACAACACCGAAAGCGCCACUGGAAUGGGGUCAGAUUAACUUCCUGCAUACCACGGAUACCCAUGGAUGGCUGGAAGGUCACAUCAAGGAACAGAACUAUGGGGCCGAUUGGGGUGAUUACGCCAGCUUCACCAAGCACAUGAAGCAGAAGGCUCGGGAUCUAGGCGUCGAUCUGCUUCUGGUAGACACAGGGGAUUUGCACGACGGUGCUGGACUCAGCGAUGCGACGACUCCUAACGGCAACGUCUCGAACGCCAUUUUUGAAAAUAUUGAUUAUGAUUUGUUGACCAUUGGAAACCACGAGCUUUAUGUUACCGAGAUCGCCUACGAGACCUUCAACAACUUCUCCAAGGUUUAUGGCGACAAGUAUCUCACUAGCAAUGUGCAGAUCAAGAACCCCACCACUGGCCAAUUCGAGUACAUUGGAUCACGUUACCGCUACUUCACUACAGAGCAGGGGCUCCGCAUCAUGGCUUUUGGCGUCCUCUUCGACUUCACAGGCAACAGCAACGUCUCCAAGGUCAUCAAAGCAGCCGACAUGGUGAAGCAGCCGUGGUUCCAACAGGCUGUCAACUACACCGAGCCCAUCGAUUUGUUCGUAAUCACUGGCCACAACCCGGUGCGCACCAGCGUUUCUUCCAGUACAAUGGGCACUGUCUUCAAAGCCAUCCGCAGCAUGAAACCAAACGUACCCAUUCAAGCUUUUGGUGGACAUACCCACAUCCGAGACUUUGCCGUAUACGACGACAAAGCUACAGGAAUUGAGUCUGGUCGUUACUGCGAGACAUUGGGCUGGGUUGCCAUGUCUGGUAUCGAAUCAAAGACUUGCAAGGCGCAGCAUAACCCUAAAGGUGUUCCGAAUCCGACACGCAGCGCUGUAGUGCCGGCAAGCACUGGGACUGCAUCGGCUAGUGCACACCUGCCUACGUCUACUUCCAACUCCACCCUCCGCUACGCGCGAAGAUACCUUGAUUGGAACCGCAAUACGUUCGCUUAUCAUGCUAAGGGAAGUCAACGCUACACCGCGUUCGACACAUCUGCCGGUGUCAGCGUUACUAACGAGAUCACUUCCGAGCGAGCGGAGCUCAACUUGACUGAUUUGUAUGGAUGCGCCCCAGCGACAUACUGUCAGUACUGCAAGCCAUUCCUUGCUGAAGGCAACAUCUUCGGACUCCUCCAGACCGCGUUGGCCACCGUCGUCGUCAACGAGACGCGCAAAGACGUUCCCAGACUCAUCAUCAUCAACACCGGAUCAGUCCGCUUCGACCUCGCCAAAGGCCCCUUCACCUACGACGACUCCUUCAUCGUCUCUCCAUUCAAAGACGCCUUCCAGUUCAUCCCCAACGUACCCUACGAGCAAGCGUCUCAAGUCCUCGGCAUACUAAACGCCGGUCCCUUCCAGAAGAAGAAGCGCGAUCUUGAGACUUCCGACUUCGGCUUCAGCCCCAUCCUCGCAGACAGAGACACGUGCCUCGACCCGCCCAUCACACACCACUACGAAGGAGUCACCCGCCGCUCAAAGCAAGGCGGCCGUCUCAUCCGCCGUCAAUCCACCGCCCCUAACCCAGGUUACACGACCAAAGACGACUUCGGCACCGACGGCGACGACACCGUUCACUCAGCCAUUCCCAACUUCUCCCAGCCCAACGAUCUCCAGGCGAACGCGUCCUUCCCGCUCGAUGGAUCGAUGCCAAAGACUGUUGAUCUGGUGUUCUUGGACUUUAUCGCUAGCUACAUUGUCGACGCUUUAAAUCAGCCUGAUGUUGGGGGUGACUUUUCGCUCAGUCAGGUGGAGUAUUAUAUUGAUGAGAGCUUUACGACUAAUAGCUAUUUGCCGGCGUAUGCGAAGGUUGCGUGGCAGAGGGAUGUGCCGAAUUGUCCGGUGGGUGAGGGGAUUGGUGCUGCGUCGUGA